CCUGCUGCUGCUGGAGGUGGCACAGCCCUGGGGUGAGUGUGCCGGGACCAAUUACAGCCCCACGGGAGCCCCUUUCCCUGUGGCCGAGCCCUGUUGAACACCAGCCGAGAUUUAGACUUGCCAAAGCAAGCAAUCCCAAGAGCUUUAGCGGCUUUGGGAUGGUAGGAGGAAUGUAGUGGAGGCCAGGCAGCAGGGCAGGGGGUCCUUCAGGGGGCUGGGAGCACAGGAGAUGCUGUGGUGGGGGUGUGAAUGUGAGCAGGAGAAAGGGGCUUCAGCCAGGCAGAUGUGGGCUGACUGAUCCCAACAGCAUUCUUGCCAGCGAUGUCACGAGGAUCUUGAUGUCAUCACUUAACCGGCUGGUUGGGAUUGGUAUCUCUAGGAGAAACGUGGGUGUCAAAGGCCGGGAUCGGGCACCUUAGGGCCAGAGCUCUGUUAGCCACUGUGGUCAACACUGACCAGCACCCACGUGCCUAUGGCCAUGCACAGGUGCUGUGUCUCCCCUUCUCCCUGCACAGGACCCCGCGGUCAGAUGGAGAGAUGCCAGGGGGAUGGAACGCCUCUUCCGACAGCCCAGAGCUACGAGCAGCAGGGAUUAUUGUGCCCGUCAUCUUCUCCUUCAUCUUCCUCCUGGGUACUGUGGGCAAUGGGCUGGUGCUGGCCGUGCUGCUGCGGAAUGGCCAAGUCAAGUACAACACCACCAACCUCUUCAUCCUUAACCUGGCCAUGGCCGACCUGUGCUUCAUCAUCUGCUGCGUCCCCUUCCAGGCCACCAUUUACACCCUUGAUGGUUGGCUCUUUGGGGCCUUUGCCUGCAAGGCUGUGCAUUUCCUGAUCUACCUCACCAUGUAUGCCAGCAGCUUCACCCUGGCCGCUGUCUCUGUUGACAGGUACCUGGCCAUUCGCUAUCCACUGAAGUCCCGGGAUCUCCGCACCUCCCGAAACGCAGGAGUGGCCAUUGUAGCAAUCUGGUCACUGUCACUGCUCUUUGCGGGGCCUUACCUCAGUUACUACCAGAUUGUCCAUUACCACGGGGUGCCCAUCUGCGUCCCCAUCUGGGAGGACCAGCGCCGAAAGAUUCUGGACAUCCUCACGUUUGUCUUCGGAUACGUCCUGCCCGUGUUCGUGGUGAGCAUGGCAUACGCCAGGACCAUCAAGUUCCUGUGGACCUCUGUAGACCCCAUAGAAAGGAUCUCGGAGUCCCGGAAGGCCAAGCGUAAGGUCACCAAGAUGAUUGUGGCUGUGGCCAUCCUGUUCUGCCUCUGCUGGCUGCCCCACCACCUGGUCAUCCUGUGCUUCUGGUUUGGCCACUUCCCCUUCAACCGAGCCACUUACGCUUGCCGCUUGGCUUCCCACUGCCUUUCGUAUGCCAACUCCUGCCUCAACCCCAUUGUCUAUGCCCUCAUCUCCAAGCAUUUCCGCAAGCGUUUCAAGCAGGUCUUCACCUGCCUCUUCUUCCAGAACAAGACCAGGAAGAAGAAGAGAGUUGGAAAGAAAGUCCAUGUGGUCAACGUGGGCAAAGCUUUCACCAACAGCACCGGAGGUUUCUAUGGAGGCAACACUGAGGUGACUCAGGUCCCAGAGGAGAACAUCAGGAAGAGGGACCCUGAAGGUGCCAGUCAUGCCAGAGCAUGGACUCACCAGCUACAAGACACCAUGGUCUCUGUUCAGAAGGAGCUGCUGGAGGAAGAAAGUUUGGCAACAGCUGGCCGUCCCCUAGCCAUGACCCCUCCAAGAGGAACUCGGGAGUUUCUGACUGUUCACUACAGAUGAACAAAGUGAAGAAACCUGUUUUCCAGCCACAGGUGAAGAAUGGAAAGGCUUGUAUGCCAACACCUCUGCGUGCCUCCCCUCUGCCCCUCUGGCUUCUCUUAAGUUCAAGAAGGAAAGGACCUUCUGCCCAGUCUCUUCUCUCCACCCUGCCCCAUGAGAAGUACUCGCUGGAGGAUGUUUCCUAGAGCUCUGUCCCACCUGGCUUUAGCUCUUGCAAGCAGAUCCUGCAGGACACUGUCCCAAUUCAUAGUACUGCUUGCAGUUCAGAAGUAUUUCCUGACAGCCAUCCUCAGUUCUUCCUAAACAAACCCGGUAACUCCUCCUUCCACCACAUUGUUCCACCCCUCUGCUUACUGUUUGCCUUUUGCAAAUUCCUAAGGGAUUGCUGCCUCCUCUUUGAUCUUUGCUUGCUACUCGGAGCUUCAUCCCUUCCUUCUGGGGGCUGAAGGACCUGUUGCUCUCUCAGCAGAUGUUAUUCAGUGAUAUUAGCCCCCUGUGUGUGGUUUACUGACUUGGCCAGACAGCUUUUUUUCCACGUGAUGAUGACGAUGAUUGUGAGUGAAUUGAUGGCUGUCACCAAAGCAGAAGAAAGUAGCCAAGCUGCAAAAUGAGCUGUGGAGCCACGUGAUGGUUGUG